AUGGCAGCCACACGAGAAAAGUGUCUCUUACCAUGCAUUCAGCUUCCACACUCCCACAGACAACUCCGUACAAUGUCUCUAUCAGAAAAGGUUGAAGGUCUCUGUCGUAAUCCUCACAGUGUCUCGCAGGCGCUAGCCGAGGAUCCCACCCUAUCGCCGGGUGAAGCUGCGAAAAGGCUCUAUCACCCCGACAAUAUCUCGAUCAGCGAAGGUCAUGUACCUUCGAAGAGAGCUCCAGCGACUGAUGAGGAGCUCGAGCGCGCUAUGCAAUGCGGAAAGUUCACCACUCAACCUAGUGAAUUGUUCCUCAGAGUCUUCCAUGACAGCUUGAUGCCAUUGGAGCAUGAUCCUCUGAUGGGCUGCUGCAGUCCGUCGCUGGUCGGCUCAUCGGGCACAUGCCCAUUGACCAUCAUCUCGGGUCUGCCAGAUAUCUGCAGACACAUGUCCAAUCUGAUUGCACGGGCGGAGAAGGAGGUGCUUCUUGCAACAAACUACUGGAUGGACUCGGAUGCCUCGCGACUCAUCACUGAUGGUCUCAAAGAGCUAUCAAGACGUGCUGGUGAGAGAGGUGAACGUGCCGUCGUCAAGAUUAUGUAUGACCGAGGCAACGUCAAGCAGGUUAUGGACAACCACCAAACUGUGCUCGAACCGGAGUAUACCGGCAAAAACAUCCGUCUACCUUCGACCAAAGAGGCGCCUAAUCUUGACAUGCAAGUCUUGAACUACCACCGACCAAUGCUUGGAACCUUCCACUCCAAGUUCAUGGUCGUGGAUCGUAGAGUGGGUGUUGUAAGCUCGAACAACAUUCAAGACAACUCGAACAUGGAAAUGAUGUGCCAUGUGGAAGGACCUAUCGUUGACUCUCUCUACGACACUUUCUUGAUCUCGUGGCACAAUCCCCUGGAGCCAAUCUUGCCGUCUCGUAACACACCAGCCGUUCAAGGAGGAUUACCAGCAUUCGACCAGGCCUCAUUCCGCGGCAUGUUCGAUGCCAACGGCGAACUCAAUGUCCCAGAACGCGGUAACAGUCGUUCGUUGUCUGAAAUUGCAGAAGCCGGCAAACGUGAGGUUCUGCCGCUACAUGCUCCUGGCGAUCCACACUAUGAUGUAGACAUCGCAGCUGAAGUUACUCGCAUGCAGUCUGUCAUGUCACCUCGGGACGGCGAGACAGGUCCACAAGUGGCAGCCCGCCAUCUCAAUCGCGGCAGACAUCUGGAUCUCAAGACAACCAUCGAGGGUGAGUACGAGGUCGGCGAGGAGAUGACACCGUACAUCCCACACAGAGUCCACAAGCUUGUACCCAUGGCCUUGGUGAACCGCAAGCCAUACGGUGCAACCAACCACAAUGGUGUAUACAUGCCCCAGAACGAGGCCUGGCUAUCCGCCGUCCGCAACGCACGUCGUUCCGUCUUCAUCCAAACACCCGACCUCAACGCCGCGCCUCUAAUCCCCGAACUCCUCGCCGCAGUGCGUCGUGGCGUGGAAGUAACAUACUACGUAUGUCUCGGCUACAACGAUGCAGGCGAACUCCUCCCCUUCCAAGGUGGCCACAACGAAGGCGUAGCAAACAAACUCUACACUUCCCUCACCGCAGAUGAGACCGCUGCCCGUAAUCUGCUUCACAUCCACUACUACACCGCCAAAGACCAAAUUGGUCCCAUCCACGACAGUUUCAAGCAGCGCUCCUGCCACGUCAAACUCAUGAUCGUGGACGAACAACUCGGUAUCAUGGGCAAUGGCAACCAAGACACGCAAUCCUGGUACCACAGUCAAGAAGUAAACAUCAUGAUCGACAGUGCCGAAAUCGUGAUGAAAUGGCGUCAAGGUAUUGAGAGAAACCAGAAUACUGGUAAGCUUGGCAGGGCGAGCAAUGUCGAUGGCAUUUGGCGUGAUGCGCAGGGUCAACAGGCCAAAGGAGCUAUUGGCGUCGACGCGGGAAAAAUGAGUUGGGCCAAGGGUAUUGUGGGUGCUGUGCAGAGGGUCAGAGGCGCUGGCGGUUUCUAA